AAUAAAUAUUUUACAGACCAGAUGAAACUCAAAAAGUCAGAAGGGAGAGACAUGGACACACCUUCACAUAUGCCCGAAUGAAUACACAUCCAAGAGAACAAGAAUAAUUCAUCUCUUUCUUUCUUCUCCAUAUCUUCUCUGCAACUCUUCCGUACCAAAUCUUUAAAACUUCCUCAGUUUUUUCUACUUUUACAUUUCUCCUGGAAGAAUAACCUCUCUUUUGAAAGUUCCAUUCACUCUGUCAAGUCUAUGUUCUUCCACGUCGUCGCUAAUCUCUAAAGACAGAAUCUGUAAACUUUAUCUUCUUUUCAAAACUUUGUCUCCCUCCUCAAGUUAUUUCUUAUCUCUCUUUAAUCACACGUAUAGCAUCCAUAACCCUUUUGAAAAUCUUUCCUUAAAGUUUCCAUCUUUCCAACUUUCUCAGAAAAAAUUGCUUUCAUUUUCUUCCUCUCUUUCUCAUCAACAUGAGAGGUCUCGCGGCUUGUUACAGCGAACACGCCAUUAAAGUAUCAGACACGUACUGUUCAGGCCCUUCAAACCAUACCUACAUCUCUCCGACAUUACCUCCUUCGAUCCCCGACACGGUAACCACCACUUAUACAUCCUCCUCCUCCUCCGACAAACCCGUCUCUGUUUCCCUCACCUGGUCGGAUAAUCUCACCGUCGUGAUCUCGACGCCGGCGAAGUCUUACUCCGUUUCGCUAAAGAAACCAAAAGGGUCGAGAAAGCUGACUUCUUCCUCCGGCUCACUCAACGCUGAGAUCCUCUGGGAUCUAACGGAGGCUGAGUACGACAACGGCGGUCCUGAACCGACGAGAGGAUUCUCCGUGGCCGUCGUGGUGAAUUCAGAGGUUGUCCUCCGAGUCGGCGACGUUGACCGGCGAGACACGUCGUCGUGGAGGGUCUCGAGAACGGAGAGAUACUCCGGGAGUUGCUGGCUCUCGACAAAAGCUAAAUUCUCCGACGCCGGGAGUAAACACGAGAUUCAGAUACAAUGCGGCGGAGGAGGUGGCGGUGGCGGUGGAGGAGAGGAAGGGUAUUUAUGGAAACAGAAAAGUCCUGAAACGAUGUCGGUUUGGGUGGAUAAGAGGAAAGUGUUUCAGGUGAAGAAGCUCAAAUGGAACUUCAGAGGGAACCAAACAAUGUUCUUCGACGGUAUGCUCAUCGACAUGAUGUGGGACUUGCACGACUGGUUCUUCAAAGAAACGGCGUCGUCUUCUUCGACUGGUUCUAAAACGACGUCGUCUUCGUCCUCUUCUUCCUCCUCGUCUUCUCCUCCGUGUGCAGUGUUUAUGUUCAGGAGGAGGAGUGGAUUGGACAGCAGGUUGUGGCUAGAGGAAGAUGAAGAAGAGAGCAAGAAGAUUGGGUUAAGAGAAGCCAAACAUUCGUUCUCUCUUGUCAUUUGUGUUUCUAAAAAGUAAAAAAAAAAAAAUUACUGAUGCAUUGAUUUUUUAACCCUUUGUUAUAUGGAUGGUUUUGACAUUAACAUAACUCCUCGUUGUCUGAUUUUAAUAUAUAAAGUUUUCAUGAUAUUUGAAGUAGAUGUUCUUGUU